AUGGAUAACAGAAAGAAAGACAAGGACAAGCUGGAUGAAAGAAUUGCACGGCCUAGUGGGAGGUCAGGCCAUAAUCCACGUGGAACUGGUUCUUCAAAUUCUGGAGUGUUAAUGGUUGGCCCUAACUUCAGAGUUGGCAAAAAAAUUGGAUGUGGUAAUUUUGGAGAACUACGGUUAGGAAAAAAUUUAUACACAAAUGAGUAUGUGGCAAUUAAGCUGGAGCCACUGAAGUCGAGAGCACCACAGCUACAUUUGGAAUACAGAUUCUACAAGCAGCUAGGAUCUGGAGAUGGAAUACCUCAGGUUUACUAUUUUGGCCCAUGUGGCAAAUAUAAUGCCAUGGUGCUAGAGCUACUUGGACCUAGUCUGGAAGAUUUAUUUGACUUGUGUGGUAGGACAUUUUCUCUUAAAACCGUUCUUAUGCUAGCCAUACAGUUGAUUUCUCGUAUGGAAUAUGUGCAUUCAAAGAACUUGAUAUACAGAGAUGUAAAACCAGAGAACUUCUUGGUUGGACGACCUGGAAACAAAACCCAGCAAAUUAUUCAUAUUAUAGAUUUUGGUUUGGCAAAGGAGUAUAUAGAUCCAGAAACAAAGAAGCACAUACCAUAUCGAGAACGCAAGAGCCUUACAGGAACAGCUAGAUACAUGAGUAUAAAUACGCAUUUAGGAAAAGAGCAAAGUAGAAGAGAUGAUUUGGAAGCUUUAGGUCACAUGUUUAUGUAUUUUCUAAGAGGAGGCCUUCCGUGGCAAGGUUUAAAGGCUGAUACAUUAAAAGAACGUUACCAGAAAAUUGGAGACACAAAACGAGCAACCCCCAUAGAAGUGCUGUGUGAAAACUUCCCAGAGGAAAUGGCUACAUACCUACAUUAUGUAAGAAGCCUAGAUUUUUUUGAAAAGCCGGACUAUGACUACUUAAGAAAGCUUUUCACAGACUUACUUGAUCGGAAAGGCUAUAUGUUUGAUUAUGAAUAUGACUGGAUUGGCAAACAGUUGCCUACUCCAGUGGGUUCAAUACAUUCAGACCCUGCAUUGUCUUCAAACAGAGAAGCAUAUCAGCACAGAGAUAAAAUGCAACAAUCCAAAAAUCAGUCAACAGACCAUAGGGCAGCUUGGGACUCACAGCAAGCCAAUCCACAUCAUUUGAGGGCUCACCUAGCAGCUGACAGACAUGGUGGCUCAGUACAGGUAGUAAGUUCAACAAAUGGAGAACUGAACACAGAUGACCCAACUGCAGGCUGUUCGAAUGCACCCAUCACAGCUCCUGCAGAAGUAGAAGUAACAGAUGAAACUAACUGCCAGAAAGUGUUGAACAUGUGGUGCUGCUGUUUUUUCAAGCGGAAGAAAAGGAAAACCAUUCAGUGCCACAAAUGA